AUGUGGAAGAAUAAGAUUCAUCAAUUAGAAGACUUCGUUGCUUCGGAACACGUUAGCAAUGAUGUUUUAUUCUUAAUACUUAACCCAUAUGAUUUCCCUCGGCCACGUGCUCUUCUUGAUGUGUAUUUACUUCCUUCCAAAGAAAUGCUUGAUAUUGUUGAGCAGAAGAUCAUCCAAAUCCAAGAAGAUUAUAAGAAUAAAUCCAUUGUCAUCAUUACUCACUACCCUGUAAAUCAAUUUGGAAGUAGCAAAUCAGGUAGUGGAAGAACCUUCGAGCAAAUGACAAGUGAGUACAAUAUACCACUUGUUAUAACUGGCCAUAAGCAUCCAAAGAACUUAAUGCCUCAGCAUCAUGAUAUGUCACUAGAAAUAAUAUGUAGUGAUAUCAGAGAUAAUCAUCAUAUUGGUAUUUUGACAAACGAUAACAGAAACUUCUUUUAUCACCAAUAUUCAAUAUAUGAAAGACCUACAUUCGUUGUUACUUAUCCAAUAGAUGCCAAACAACUAUCAAUGAACACAAUGUUUAACAAAAAUGAUAUUGAUGUCAGAUGUUUAGUAUUCUCAGAUAGUGAGAACGAAACAAUAACAUGCAAUGGAAAACCUCUUUCAUUUCAGAGACAUAUAAAAGAAGGUGUUUCUCUUUAUCAUAGAGAAAUGAGGUUUGAGAAUGGAUUCUCAACACUUAACUUUAGCAAAUCGAAUGAAUCAUAUUCAUAUGAAAUUUUCGUUGGAGAUGAAAUGCCUUCUUAUUAUGAGGUCAUUGGAGAUGAGCACGAAAUUUACAAAUACCCAUUGUAUGUUCUGAUAUUCAUUUACAUAAUUCUUUUCAUCAUAACAUUCCCAGUCAAUGUUGAAAAGCAUUUCGGAUCCCUGCAGAAUUAUGCUAACAAAUCCCUGUAUUAUCUCUAUAACAGAAACAAAGAUUAUCGUAUUCUAGAUCAUUUGUUUUAUAUUUCCCAGGGUUUCCUACUGACCAGAUGGCAAUUACUUAGGAGAAGUCAAUAG